AUGUCUAUGACGGUCGAGGAAGUGGCGGCUGCACCCCGCGACCCCAAGCCAGUCCCCAAUAUCCCAUCCAAUGUCUUCGAGCAGUUCAGCCUGAAAGGCCGCGUAGUGGCUGUCAAUGGCGCCUCAGACGGUAUCGGAUACGCAGCAACAGAGGCCAUGGCAGAGGCAGGCGCCCACGUCGCCCUGUGGUACAAUAGCAACGACGCUGCGAUAUCCAAGGGAGAAGCCCUGGCCAAGACGUUUGGCAUCAAAGCCAAGGCCUACAAGGUGGACGUGUCAGACCCAGAAGCAGUGCGGAAAACCGUAGGCGCGGUCGUGGACGACUUUGGGAAGCUGGACGUGUUCGUGGCGAACGCGGGGAUGGCCAUCUCGAAGCCCCUCACCGAGCAGACGGUCGACGAGUACAAGAAGCAGUACUCGGUCAACGUCGACGGGGUGGUCUACUGCGCCAAGUACGCCGGCGAGGUCUUCAAGAGGCAGGGCUCCGGCAACCUCAUCAUCACGUCGAGCAUCUCGGCACGCAUUGUCAACGUGCCGGUUGACCAGCCCGUGUACAAUUCUACGAAGGCUGCCGUGACGCAGCUCGGGAAGAGCCUGGCCAGGGAGUGGCGCGAGUUCGCGAGGGUCAACAUUGUCUCGCCGGGCUUCUUCGACACCAGGAUGGGCGCCUCGCCGCAGGUUUUCAAUGAGGGUAUUCGUAUGACGCCCCUGGGCCGUCAGGGCGACGUCAAGGAGAUCAAGGCUCUGUACCUGUAUCUCGCGAGUGAUGCAUCGACUUACAUGACAGGAAGCGACAUUGUCAUUGACGGAGGAUACACUUUACCCUAG